CAAGGCUUUCGGGGGCUUCAUUCACCAUUUUGCGACUGUAGAGUAGAAUAUAUAGGGCAGUAGUUUUUUCCCCUCUCCUCCGUUUUUAAGUUGGAGAAACAUGAACGGCGUACGCUGGAAGUGUUGAAGCAGCAGCAGGCCCUAUUUGACCCGGCGGACUCGGCGGAGGAGCGAACACACCCGGUACUGCUGCUGCUGCUGCUGCUACUGAACCAAAGCUCCGUCUCUGGAAUAAAGUGGACAAGUGCCGAAGUCGCUCGCGACAAAGACAAGACAGGAUGAGAGAGAGGGGCCUUGGCAGAGGAUAAUCAAAAGAGAGGAAAAGGAGGGGGAGGAAGAAAAAACUGAGCAGAGCAAAGAGAGGAUCGCCAAGGAGAAUCUUUGAAAUAAAUAAAUAAAACGACUUGUUUGGGCAAACGCAGGCUAGAUGAAAAGAUGAAGCCGAUUAAAAAGCAGGGAAGAUGCUCUCCUCCCUCGACCCGGGCCAAAGGAGGGAAGCGUCGUGGAGCAGGUGAUGCCCCAGAAGGAGGUGAGAAGAGAGACUCUGAUGAGAGCAGAGACAGAAGCAGAUCCCCACAAAAUACAACUCCAUCCUCUUUUUCUCCUAAUUCACACUCAGAGUCCUACCAGGUCGACCCAAUCAGAGGACGGGAUGCUGCAGAGAGGGAGGGUCUCCACAGAGAGCGGCUGUUAGAGACAACAGCCUCGCUUGUGAUGGAUUCUGAGAAAUUGUUGACACCCUUAGAUGAUCGAUCAGGGAGGUCCGCUGUGAGUGUUGGCAGCCACAGUGACAGCAGUGGUAGCAGCUGCAGUAACAGUAGUACACCAAGUGCCAACAACAGCCCAAACCCCGCCUCCAGCCGCAAAACGGCCACCUUCAAGGCCCGUGUUCCCAAGAAGAAGUACACCUCUGAACACUGCUUGUCUACUUCUGCUGGAAACCAUAGCAACUCUGCCUGCAGCACACCCCCUCCUCUUACUUUGAGCGCUGGGGUUUUCAACCACGGGUCAAACAGCUUAGUUGGUUACAUUGGCAACUCGCAACAUGAUGGCGGUGGUCAGAGUAGAACCCUGAUGGAUGACUUCCACAGCAGAACAACUGGCAGAGAGGAGACUCAUAACAGCUCCCCAGGACCCCCCACUCUGUCACUGGGAGUGGAGAGAGAGAGAUCUGCAGGAGGUGAGGGAGUGAGAGAAGAGAGAGUGUCCCCUCCUCUGCCCCGCUGUUCCUCAACAGACACUGCCAGCGAGCACUCAGCAGACCUGGAGGUGGCCGGUGACACACAUGCCAUCACACAGAUGUCUGCGCAUGCACCAUCCAGUCUCCCUGAUGCUCUGUCAGACGCCUUGGCUAAAGGGCUGAAAAAUCAACGCGUCCUUGCCCGCCAACUCAGGAGAAGAGGUGAUGAAGAAGGAGGUGAAAGGAGGAAUGAAGGGGGGAUUUCAGGCUUGGUAUUCCGAGCUGGGGUUGUCCGUAAGGUUAGCGGUGAAUUUGGAAGCCUGGAGGUGCAACUGAACGGAGAGAAGAUGCUGUGUCGCUAUCCAUAUCGACACAAUAGCCCACCAGGAGUGGUGGACAUUAUCCUUGAUGCCCCGCCACCUGGUGUGCAUCCUAUACCUAUUGGCACCCAUGCCUGCGUACCUUUUGGCAAUGAGGAAGGCUGUGAAGGUCAGUGGCAGUUGUACCGAGAAGGUGUUGUGACCCAGGUAGACACACACCCUGCAGUGGCCAACCGUUACCGUGUCCUGCUGUCUGAGGAAAGACCACUCUCUGUGGACGAGGAAGAAGAUGGCAGAGGGACAGUCGGCGGUACCCAGGCAGUGUGGGUCUCCCGACAAACACUCCGCCUUCUGGUGCCACCAUGGGACCUGGGUCUGCCAUCUGGAGGAGGACGAGAGGUGGAGGAGAGAGUCAGAGAAAAAGAAAGGGAGCGGGAGGACAGGGAGGAGGUGGAUGUGGAGCAGGAAGUGUGUCGUUUGAGCCGAGGGAUGACCCCAGGAGUGGGGCCAGUGUUGGGGAGAGGGAUGCCUUACCCAGGCAUGGUCCCCGUUUCAUCCACAUCAGCUCACAGUAUUACCUCCCCUGUAACUCCUGUAUCAGUCCUCAGCCUGGUACCUGGCCGGGAGUGGGAAAUUGAGAAAGAUUUGGAGAGGGAGCGAGACCUCCACAGAAAACAGGAAAGAGAGAGGGAACGAGAGCGAGAAAGGGAGAACAGUAUAAAACAACAGCAUCACCAACAGCAGCAGCAGCAUCACCCUUACAUGCCACUUACUCCUGAAGAAGACAUGGAGGUGUCACACUUCAACAUGGUCCCAAUGGGGGCACUCAUACCUGGGGCCAAACCAGUCGCAGUUCCUCAACACCGCCACAUUGUUUCUAAGCCCCCGCCUGGCUACCUCAAUCCCCACCUGUCUGUAGUGCGGGGUAUCGGGAUUCCCUCUACCCAGCUGGCCUUGAACCCCCAUCCCCCUCCUUCCCCUGUGCUGUUAGGGCUUGACCCAGCAACUGCAGCAGCUGCAGCAGCUGGUGUUGUCAUCACGACCCCCCAGCUCCCGCCUCUCCCUCCCAUGUCCUCCUCCAAUACAUCCUCCUCCAGAGCUGAGAAGGCAUCAGGAGGAGGUUCUAACAAUGGAGGAGCAGGUGGUGGGGGAUCCGGAUCAGGUUCGACCUCCUCUUCCUCCUCACGUUCCCGCACCCCACUGACAGCAGCCCAGCAAAAGUACAAGAAGGGAGAUGUGGUUUGCACGCCAACAGGUAUUCGCAAGAAGUUCAAUGGUAAGCAGUGGAGGAGACUUUGCUCACGGGAGGGCUGUUCUAAAGAGUCUCAGCGCCGAGGAUACUGUUCCAGACACCUGUCAAUGAGGACCAAGGAGAUGGAAGCCAGUGGAGGAAGUCGGGAUCGAGGUGGAGCCAGCAGCACAGGGACUCUAACGCCGUCUGACCUCCGACUGAGUGGCGGAAGAGCGAGUUCAGAUUUUGACUGGGAUGAGACUUCACGGGAAAGCAGCGAGGCCAGCAGUCGGGGAGGAGACUCACGCCCCCGCCUAGUUCUUCCAUCUUUGCUCCCCCAUGACCUCUCUCGUUUUGACUUUGACGAGUGUGAGGCAGCCACCAUGCUGGUUUCCCUGGGAGGCUCCCGCUCAGUCACACCUUCAUACUCCCCCAUCUCAAACCAGUCACCCUUUUCCCCUACACCAUCGCCCUCACCUUCUCCGCACUUUACCUUCCGCCCUGCCAAUUUCAGCCCCAUAAAUCCUCCCUCACUUACUCCACGUCGCCAUCGCCAGCUUAGCGGCACAAAGAUGGGUACACCAGGUGCUGAGCGAGAGCGCCACCUUUCAGGGAUUGUCCCCACUUUUCAGACCAACCUCACUUUUACAGUCCCCAUGAGCCCCAGCAAGAGAAAGCUCGACACACACCCACCACCUCCACUGCCUACAGUCCAGGACUACCAAACCAAACCUGAGCAACAACAGCUAGUGGGUGUAGCUGGAGGUGUGGUGGGAGAACCGCCCCUGGGCCACAGCCCUGCUGCCUUCAGAGUCCUGUCCCCCCAGAGUCAGCCAACUACUCCCUCCUCACUGUCCUUCCCACGAUCCCGUAGUGCCACCAGCAGGCCACCAUCCUCUGCUGCCUCUACACCUCCACCCAUGUUGGUCUCUCCCACUCCUCCCUCCCCACUGCCUCAGGAACCCUCACCACGCCGCAUUGUUCCCCUCCGUGAUUCCCCAGUCAUUGUCCGCAACCCAGAUGUUCCCUUGGCCAAGUUCUCUGAUGGCCCAUUAGGGAGGAGAGAGAGAAGCAGGUCGAGGGAACACAGCCAGCCUCAGCACGCAGCUCCACCAGGCCUGCAGGCUCCCGUCCCCAUUAACGGGGCAACCACACUCGUCCUGGUCACCUCCAGCUCGUCCCUGACUCCAGCCACAGUGGGCCACCCUUCCCUGUCCAGCCCCUCCACCCUAGGUUCCAUGGCCACCUCAUCUGGCUUAGUCCUUUCCUCCUCUGGUUCUGGAGGCAGAGAGAGGGAGAGGAAACCUGAGGGACCCCAGGACACCUCUGGGGGAGCGCUGCCACAGCCGGUCGCCUGUCACCCCACACCCACCGCCCUGCUGCCGCUCAUACUGCCAGCUGAGUCGGCUCACCCUGCUCCACGCAAGCAAAUCAUCAUGGGUCGCCCAGGAACUGUUUGGACCAACGUGGAGCCUCGGUCAGUGCCAGUGUUCCCUUGGCAUUCACUCGUCCCUUUCCUGGAACCCAGCCAAUCAGGAGCGGCUGCCCAGCCUGCUGAUGGCCAGCAGCUUGUCAGUCAGAACAAAGAGCCUCGUUGUGGCGUUGCUCUGGUGAGCGAAGGCCGCAGCGGUCCACAGGACCUAGAGAGGGGAUCGCCUUCAUGUCCUCCCUCGACUAAUGACAAUCCUUCUACAGACAGAGGUGGCGCUGACAGCGAGACGGAGAGUGACACAGAUGACCCUUUCUCCCCGGGUGUGGCAAAUGAAGCAGCGCCCUCCACUGGCCCCAUCAAGAGACGCACACAGUCCCUCAGUGCCCUGCCCAAGGACGGAGACAGGAAGAGGGAAAAGGACCACAUUCGCCGCCCCAUGAAUGCCUUCAUGAUCUUCAGUAAACGUCAUCGUGCCCUGGUGCACCAGCGACAUCCCAACCAGGACAACCGCACAGUCAGCAAGAUCCUCGGGGAGUGGUGGUACGCGCUGGGGCCCAACGAGAAGCAGCAGUACCACGAUCUGGCCUUCCAGGUGAAGGAGGCCCACUUCAGAGCCCAUCCAGACUGGAAGUGGUGCAAUAAAGACCGCAGGAAGUCGCUGUCAGAGGGUCGUGGGACCCCAAAGGACCAGCGUGAGAGGAGCAUGUCUGAGAGCAUUGAUCCCCUGACAGAGUCCCAGACGGUGGAGGAGAAGGAGGGAGGCCCGGGCUGGCCGGGGGGUUCUGAGCGUCGUGGGGGACAGUUUGCGGGGCAUCUAUCACGUCCCAGAGCCUAUUCCCAGAGUGCUGUACACACCCUCGAGCAGAGGCAGAGGGAGAGAGACUUGGAAAAGGAGGAGGGGGCAAAUUUGUUUCGCAGCCGGGCCCCGCCCCAGUCUCUGUACCAGGGUGGGGCCAGUGAGGACAUGACCAGUGAUGAAGAGCACAUGGUCAUCUGCGAAGAAGAGGGGGACGAUGAUGUCAUGGAAGAUUCAUGUCCUGAAGGCUCCAUCGACCUCAAGUGUAAAGAGAGAGUGACAGACAGUGAUGAGGACGAACCAGAUGGACAGCAUGGCUUACAGCCAGUGUCCCGGCCCUCCCUCUCCUCCUCUUCUCCCUCCAUCCCUCACUCCGACUCCACCUCAUCUCAAGGAAACAGCACAGCAGGAGGUGGAGGAGGUGCUGAAGAUGGUUCUGAAAGAAAGAGAGGCACAGAUGGAGGAGAGGAGGGGAGAGAGGGAGGACCCAAGAGAGAAGAGACAGCCGCAGGUAGAGGAGAGGGAGGUUGUGGAGGACAGGGAGUCUCCUCAUUGACAUCUAGCGCUGCAGCUCCCAUCACUUUAGACCAGCAGAGUCUGACCCAGGUCCACAGCACUAUCCGCAUGGCUCCCACAAUGGUGACCAAUGUGGUACGACCCAUCGCCAGCACACCUAUCCCCAUCGCCAGCAAGCCAGUGGAGGGAGCCGUCACCCUCAGCGCAAUACCCCAGGACAAGAAAGCCACUCUCCUGCCAAUCGCUGUAGGGGGUGGGUACCUGUCCUCGUCCUCCUCUCCUGGUCCAGUCAGUGUAACUCCUGUGGGUGGUAGCAGCCUGGUCACUAACCUAGUUCUGGGAGGGUCCUUUCCUCCUGCCCACCCUGUGCAGGUCCUCAACCCACAACCCACUCAGCCGCACACACAGAUCCCCCUCCCCGUCCUCCAGCCCCAGCUCCACCCCUCCAGCUCCAAGCCACUAACGCAGGUUCAGUACAUCCUGCCCACCGAGAGCCCCUCCUCCCCUCUACUCACCCACCAGCAAAUCCUCUCCCUGCCCAACAAUGCCGCCCUGGCUAAUGGCGUGCACUCGGGGGCGGGAAUCAGAGUCAGCCCCGGGACCAGAGUCCAAACCCAGUCGCCGGUCUUGCAGAGCAAGAUGUUGGUUCCCAUGGCAACAGUAAGAACAGGGUCUACUUCUCCUCAUCCUUCCAUCUCCCUCGUGGCCCCGCCUCUUCCUGUGCAGAACGGCCCCACAACAGGAAACAAGUCCCCACAGAUCAUCCAGAUCGCUCCCAUGCCUGUGGUCCAGACCAAUGUUCACUCCAGCAGCACAGCAACAGUGCAUCCGGGUAGCCCCUUUCCUGUUUCCCUGGCAACGAUGGUGGCUCCGGGAGCCGUGCCCCCACAGACCGUUCUUCUGACCUCCCCACCCACCAGGAUCACAUACGUCCAGUCCGGCCCUGGGGUAACCACAGCAACGCCAAAACAGGCCACACCCACACAGGGCCCUGCGUAUCUCCCAGCAACUCUGGGCUUCACUGCCAUCGCCCCAGGCGGGCAAACUCUGGUCCAGCCGAUCGUUGGUCAGUCACCACUGCUCGCUCCGGCUCCACCGCUGAGCUGUCAAUCACAGAUUUCCCCUGGCCAGACCGCAGCAACCGCUGGCCGUCAGGUACUAACUGCCAUUUACCCAGCACCGACUGUUGCACUCGCCUCUGGCAUGGUCUCCAUUACCACAGUACCACCCGCAGUCGGAGCUCCAGCUUCAGCCCAGGAUGUCACCAACCCGUCUUCUCCGUUAGCGACGGAGGUGCAGAGCUCAGCGAUGGCUACAUUUCAGCCCAGCAUGGCAGUGGACGUGAAGCCAAAGGUGGAGGUGAAGAGGGAGAAUCAGGUGGAUGCUGAAACGGAUGAGGACGGAGGGCAGGAGACUUUGGGGGCCACACGUAUGAACAACGUUGUUACAGUGAAAAAAGAGGAGGACGUCAUUGGGCUAUACAUCAAGGAGGAAAAUAUGAGAGACGGCUACGGCAAAGAGAAACCAAGUGAAGUGAAUGCAGAGCGUGAGAGAGGGAUGAAGGAGAUGGGUGAAAAGAAGAAAGGCAGAGAGAUGGACAGAGAGGACCACAGUAGCAGCAGCAGCAAAGAGGCUGGACCUUGUUCUCCUCCUACACUACCCUCAGGUUUGGACCCCCCUCCUCCUCCUCCCAGUGCAGAGAGAGAUCCCCCCUCUUCCUCGAAGAAGGCCAAGUUUCGUCCCCCACCGCUCAAAAAGACUCCAGACUCCCAUGACAAGGUCUUGUCAGAGACGUACUUCGAGGAGCGCUUAGCUGAACUUCCAGAGUUUAAUCCAGAGGAGGUUCUUCCCUCGCCCACUCUGCAGAGUCUGGCCACCUCGCCCAGAGCCAUCCUGGGAAGCUACCGCAAGAAGAGACGCAACUCCACCGAGCUGGAGCUGACGGCAGACGACCCCAGCUCCCCGAGGAGGAAGACUCGACGUCUGUCCAGCUGCAGCUCGGAGCCCAACACCCCCAAGAGCGCCGCCAAGUGUGAGGGAGACAUCUUUACCUUUGACAGAGCAGGCACGGAGGGGGAGGAUCUUUUAGGAGACUUGGACAGGGUUCCUUACUCGUCUCUGCGCAGAACUCUGGAUCAGCGGCGGGCUCUGGUCAUGCAGUUGUUUCAGGAACAUGGCUUCUUUCCAUCAGCUCAGGCCACCGCUGCCUUUCAGGCUCGCUACUCCGACACGUUCCCCACCAAAAUGUGUCUGCAGCUGAAGAUCCGCGAGGUGCGUCAGAAGAUCAUGCAGACGGCGACGCCCGGAACCCUUGAGCUCGGAGUCUCGGCUGAAGCGGCGAACGCCGCCUCGUCCCUCAGCUCCUCUUUCAAUCAAUCAGCCAAGGAGGAUGGAGGGGCGGAGCAACACGGAGACAGAAGCCGGAGCCCGGAGGAGCCAAAAAGCGAAGGAUCAUAAAGCUGGAGAGGAUGAUGCAGUCGAAAUAUCAAAGACAAGAAGACCCAGAGAGAAAGAGGAGUGUGUCAUUCCCUCAGAAUGUUCCUGUAUGUGUUGAAGCAGUUUGAAGGAUGACUGACUCCAGCACGACCUCUUCUACUAAUCUCCACCAGACCUGGGCAGAAACAUAUUUGAAUAUCGUCACAAACAUUAAACAUUCAAGUGACUCGAGGUGCGGUGAUUUGACAAAUCAGACAAAAAAAAAAACAACGCCUCAAAACUGGGCAAAAUCACGUAAAUGUCCUGAUGAGUCAAGUUCUUCUUGUCAUAUCCUCGUUUUGCCCCCCCUUUCUUUUCUCUCAAAUAGCCCAGGUCUGCUCUCAGCACAUUUGUACAUUAGUUUGUAGUUUGACACACAAACUCCCUGGUGCACACACACAAACCAUGAUAAUCUCCAGCACGCACACACAAACACACACACACACACACACACACACACACACACACACACACCCUUACCAAAUCAGACUGUUACUCUUGGUGGACGAUCCCCAGGAUCAUCGACACACAAAGGCACUUUGUCACUUAUUAUUGUGCAGAUGCAGUUUGCUGUUGCCAGCCAACCAGCCCUCAGAUGCCAUUGACUCGACCUCCUUCUCGCUCCUUCCACUCCUCAGCACAGUGGUCGGGAUGCAUACACAACCCCAACGACCUCCACUGCUAUUCCACAGCCCCUCAAUGCUGCAAGACAGACAGCACACACACAUACACAUAUAUGAACAGAACACACACACAGAGCAGUGCAGUGUAGGUGCUCGUACACACACACACACACACCUUCACCCCCUGGUCUGACCAAGCCAUUGGCCUGCACAGUUUUUAGUGAUUGUAGUGAGAAGAGAAACUGAAAGCAUGAAAUCUGUUUGCUCCCGAAGAGACGACAGGAGCUGUGACGUAGUGUGACCAAUCUUUGCACCUUCAGUUGUUGCCAUGUUGAAAGACUGAGUCCUCGUUUGCAGGAGCUGAUUAUAAAUGUCUGUAUAUCUGUUGGGGAGAGGAGGAGGAGGAGGAAGAGGAAGAGUCGUCCUCUCCCCACAAACCUGUGUGACCAGGCACCGUAAAGAGAUUAUGUAAAGAGACUAGUGGUUGUGAGGCUUUUUGAAGAAUCAACGUUUAAGUUCGACACUGACUGGCUCCCGACAGAGUCCCACAGAGAAAAGAAUGCAGAAGAAGAAGAAGAAACUGGACGACGUUCAAUGCACGGAUGAUUCGUAUUCCAACAAACAGGAAGGCAGAUAAUCAUCGUCAACAACAAUGAGACAAAGAUUAACAACAGAGGAAAGAAGAAGAAUUUUAACCAAACUGCUCUCAAACUCCCCAUGGAUAAUAUUAUGUUGCUUUCUCUUGUUAUCGUUGCCGUGGAAAUAACCAGUUUUACCGUGGCCUGUUUUUCCUCUCUUGUGGCUCUAUUGUGUUUCUUCUCCAGCAUAAAAAAAAAGAUAAUAAUCGUUUAAAAAAUACAAAAAAAAAAAAAAAGAAGGGGACAAAAAUCAGUCUGUGACCUCCUUCCCUCACUUUGAAUGGUCCACCUCCCCCCACUGUUUCUCACCAGAGGAGGAAGUGUGUGUGUGUGUGUGUGUGUGGGGAGGGGGUUCUGGGGGGGGCGUUGUUUGUCGUUUUGUAAAACGUUGAAAUCAGGUGUUUGCACAAUAUGUGCGGCCCUUCUCGUCCGGGGACGGCCGUAAGUUAAAUCAGGAAAGUAUUGUUUUUAGAGAUUGUUUUAGUAGAAAAAAAAAUAAUAACCUUGUUCCGUAUGUUAUCAAAAAAAGAAAAAACACACAAAAAAAACCUCUUUCCUUCCCUUGCUUUUUCCUCCUCACCCAUCUCCCUCAAAGUGUUGUUAGAAAGUGCCCUUAAGCACUGGUCCCGGGUCAAGCGCUAUGUAGCUCAGGAUGGUUCUGGUUAGGGUUAGUUCAGGGAAAGCAGAUCCUAGACCAGCACUGGAGGGCAGUCUCUCUGAAGCCCUCCCUCUGCCCUCUCCUCUUGACACUUUAUCCUUUCCCAUCAAAUGGUGCAAUAGGACGUUUAUUUUUAUUUUUUUUUCAUUUUUUUUGGAAACUGGUGGGAUAUUCUGCUUUUUUGGGGGGGGGGGGCCUCUGUGCCAUAGAUAUUAAAUGGAGUCAGUGACAUGAAAGAGCUGUUGUUAUACUAUCUUUAACUAUGGUAUAAAUCGAAACAAAAGAAAAAAAAAUGAAUCACACAAUUAUCGUUGAAGAGAUAUAGUAGAGUAUAACUUACUAAAAGUGAAAGAAAACUUUUUAAAUAGCACUUUUUGGCUCUUUGCUUCCUCGGUGAAGAGUCGGGGUAGAUAUAAUGAUCAUUAUUAUUAUUAUGACGAUGAUGAUGAUGAUGAUGGGUAUCUCUUUUAUUUCUCUGUAUACAGUUGGAUGUGUGAAAAAGAAAUAUAUAAAUAUAUACAGGUAUUUCUAUAUAAAUGUGCAUUUAGGUCUGUGUUUGUGUGUGAGUGUGUAUGUUUUUGGCACAUGCAGGUAGCACGUGAACACACACCAACCUCUUUGUUUUCCUUUCACCUCACAGCAGCAACGUUAUCAAUAGUAUAUUUUUCAUUGUAUUCCACAGUCUAUAUUCUACUCUAGAGACAGUAUUUUUAUAGUCACCACGACUAUUUUGUCCGUCAUCAUGACUGUUAUCAAACUCACUGGAUCCAGGAUAUAUAUAAAUGACAUAUAUAUCCAUCUAUAUAUAUAUAUAUAUAUAUAUAUAUAUAUACAUAUAUAUAUAGAUAGAUAGAUGUGCAUACAUAUUAAAUGUAUAAAUCACACAGGUUAAUGAUGUAGUGUAAGACUUAUGGAUUCACAUGGGGUCAGGGCUGUAAAAGUGUCCCUCUGCAUGCAUGUGCAAUCACAUGCACACACGCGCACACACCCAUAUACACAGACUUAUGUGCAUACACACACACACACACACACACGUAUGUGUGUACACUGUAUGAUUGUGCUUAAACAUAAACUGUCCUUACUUUGGAGAAGGAAAUUUUAGGAUGAGCGAGGUGAGUGUUAUCUCAUAAGCAGGCAUGUUGACCAUGUGCAAUAUUUCUAAACAACAAUGACAAAAAAAACUAAAUAUUGAAAAAUAUUAAAGAUCUAACACAAUA